AUGGCCACUACUACUCAAUCAAAUGUUUCUACAUCAAAAUAUGAUGACGAUGAAUAUUUUACUCAAUCGAACGAAGAUGAUUUUCACCAGCAAACAUUUAUUUAUCCUGAACAACAUAAAAGCAAAGCAACAGUUACAACAAAAUCUAAACCACGAAAAAAUAAACGAUCAGAUAAUCCACAUGCACCUAAACGUAUUCGAACAGCAUAUACAAAUAAACAAUUAUUAGAAUUAGAAAAAGAAUUUCAUUAUUCAAAAUAUUUAUGUCGACCAAGACGUGUUGAAAUAGCAUCAACACUUUUACUUACCGAACGACAAGUCAAGGUUUGGUUUCAAAAUCGUCGAAUGAAAUAUAAAAGACAAUUAAUGUUACAAGAUCCAAAAUUAGCUGAAGAAUUUGAAGCUAAUGAAAUCAAUGAUGAUGAUACAAGUAUAGAUGAAACAGAUGUUUCAAGUCCUAAAACAAUGGAACGUUUAAUACGACCAAAACGUAAAGGAAAAAUAAAAGAAAAUAAAUGUACAUCACAUUCAUGUAGUUCCAUUAAAAAUGAUCAAUGGAUAUUUGAUCAACAAGAAAUUGAAUCUUCAAAACUUUUAGAAAAAACAAAUCCAAUUGAAAAACUUGAUUCAUUAUCUGAUCAACAAAUUCAAGCAUGUUCAACUUCACCAAAAUUAAAUAAAAUUGAACAAACAUCAACAAUUCCUAUUGAAGAUUGGUCAAAUCAACAGCAACAACAAUCAUCAACUAUGAUAACACCACCGCCAACAAUUACAACAUCAAGUUGUGAUAAUAUUAAUUGUUCAUGCUGUGAUUAUGAUGCACAACUUUAUCCAUCAUCAUCAUCAUCAUCAUCUUAUAAUUCUCAUUAUUAUCCACCAUCACAACAACAAACACCAUCUCAACAUAUGACAGUAAAUGUACCUGUUGUGGCUAAUUUUCAAGUUAAUGUUAAUACAACACAUCAUGGAUAUCCAUUGACGAAUUCAAAUAAUAAUCAUCAUCUUCAUUAUAAUUUAUCACGGAAACAAAAUAUUUAUUAUCAACAACCACCAACACAACAACAACCAUCACUUUCUUCAUACUAUCGAACUGGAUAUCCAACAUCUAUGAAAUAUAAUCAACAACAACAACCAACAUCAAUUUAUCAUCAACAACAAUAUUCUUCACCAUCUCAAACAUUUAUGGAAAAUAAUCAUCAUUUUCCAAUAUCAUCAUCUUAUCAUCAUGAUUUGGUAUAUGGUCAUCGUCAACAACAUUCAAUAGCAUAUAAUUCUUCUAAUAUAAAUCAUCAAUUGAAUGGACAUAUUUAUCAUCAAUUAUAA